GUUGAGAAGGACGCGAGAGUUUCAGCAACACGGAGCUCUGUUCAUUUCCCGGGCCUUUCCUGGGCUAGAAGUGCGUCCGUGGUCUUUCUUGUUCCGCCCUCAGUCUCGAUAUGAGCCCUGCGUUGGAUAGAUACUGCUGAACCUGUAAGAGAUGCCACUGCCAGUACCACCCCGAUGCUCCAAACCUGAGACUAAGAAAUCUCAGUCCAGCAAAAUUGUGCCCAGUGAUCAUGGCACAUCUCAAAAGAGAGGGGAGAAUUGCCAAACAAAGAGAUCUCCAUCUUCACCUCUGGGACCACUCAAAAAGAGAUCAGCUUUUGAAGAUCUCACCAAUGCUUCUCAAAGUCAACCUGCUCAGCCCAAAAAGGAAGCCAACAAUGAGUUUGUUAAAGAUAUUUCCAAGAAGACAAACAGGAACACACCUGCUUGUGAGUUGGACAAAAACAAGAUGAAUGUAAAAAGGUAUAAACUGGAACCCUCAUCAGUAGUAGUCUCAACCACCAUGGUACCAAAUAUUAUAGACAAACCACUCAUUCCGGAGAUAUCUACCAUCUCCAAAACACCCACUAUUGAAGAGGCAUCUCUUCUCAAAAAGCCAUUUGUUUUAAAAGAAAAACCCACUACUGAGAAUACAAACCUCAUCAAGAGGUCAUUAUCUUUAAAGAAGUGCACAAAUCAGGGGGAGGUGGCCCUCUUUGAGCCACUAUCCUUGCUGGAGGAGACUGAGAGUGAUGUUGUAGAGUCAAUGACUUUUGGGAAGAAUCAUAAAGCUGAGGAGGCAGCCAUCAUCAAGAGGACAUUAUCCUUAACGAAUAUGUCCACACAUCAGAAGAAGCAGUCCUGUUCAAAGGAAUUUUUGACCUUGGUGGACAUCAGUGAUGAAGAGGAUUUUUUCCCUGUGGAGCCCACAAACUCUAUGAAGAAGCCUAAAACUGAGGAGGCAACCCCCACCGAGAAGCUGUUAUCUUUAAAGAAAAAGUGUUCCACUCAGGGGGAGAUAUCCCGUAUGAAGAAUCCACUGGUGUUGCAGAAGACCACCUCUGAUGAGAAGUCACUCACUAAGGAGCUGUUGUCUUUUAGGAGAAAGCCUACCACUGAGAAGAAACCCCUCUUCCAGAAGCCACCUGCAUUGCAAGAGAAGCACACCACUGAGCAAGAGGUGUCCAUCUUUGAGAAAUCAUUGGUCUUGCAGGAGGAGAUUGACACUGAAGAGGACUCCCUCUUUGAGGAGCCAAUGGCUUUUAAGAAGCAACCUACCACUAAGAAAACCCUCAUCUUUAGGCAAUUAUGUUUAAAGAAGAACUACACUAUUCAGAGGAAGAUUCCCCACUCAACGAGCCCAUUAGUAUUUCAGAAGACCACCUCUGGAGAGGAGGUACCCAUUAAGGAAUCAUUGUCCUUAAGAAAAAAGCCUACGACUAAGGAGGAGUCCUUCUUCCAGGAGCUAUCUGUGUCACAAGGGAUGCACACCACUGAUGGAGAGGUGACCCUCUUGAAGGAGCCAUGGGCAUUGCAGGAAGAAAAAGAUAGUGAAGAUGAAUUUCUUAUGGAGCAAAUUUCCUUUAGGAAGAAGUUUACUACUAAGGAGGCAACCCUUUCCAAGAAGCCAUUACCUUUAAAGGAGAAAUGUACCACUCACGGGAAGGUGUACCACUUCAAGAAGUCACUAGUAUUACAGACGGUCACCUCUGAAGAGAAGUCGUUCGUUAAGGAGCCAUUAUCCUUUCAGAAAAAGCCUAUCCCUAAGGAGUCCCUUUUCCAAGAGCCAUCUGUAUUGCAGGAGAAGCACACCACUCAAGAAGAGGAGGCAUCUAUCUUAAAGAAGCCCCUGGUCUUGCAAAAGACUCCAACUUUUGGAAAAGAGUCACUCUUAAAGGAGCCUUUGGCUUUCAAGAAGCAUACCAGUAAGGAGGCAACCUCCACCAAGAAGCCAUUACCCUUAAAGGAGAAGUAUACCACUCACGGGAAGGUGUGCCACUUCAUGAAGCCACCGGUAUUACAGACAGUCACCUCUGAAGAGAAGUCACUCAUUAAGGAACCAUUAUCCUUUAAAAAGGAGCCUACCACUGAGGAGGAGUCCCUCGUCAAGGAACAAUUGGCAUUGCAAGAAAAGCACACCACUCAGGAGGAUGUGGCUGUCUUGAAGAAGCCAUGGGCAUUGGAGGAGAAUAUUGAUGGUAAAGAUGAAUUUCUUAUGGAGCCAGUGUCCUUUUGGAAGAAACAUACCACAAAUGUGGCAGACUGUGCCAAUGAGCCAUUAUCUUUAAAGAAAAAAAUGUGUAUCAUUCCAAUAAUGGCACCCAUCUGCCAAGAACUGUUGGACUUGCAGAAUAUAAUUGCAGAAGGUAAAGGUUCCUUCUCUAUGGAGUCAGUGUCAUUUCGGAAGAAGUCUUCAACUGAUGAGGCAGUUCUUACCAAGACACCAUUAUCUUUAAAAAAUAAGCAAAUUGCUCAGGGGAAGAUGUUCCUUUUAAAGAAGCCACUGAUCACAGAGAAGACCACCCCUGAAAAGGAGUCACUGUCUAAGAAGCUGUUUCUUAAAAAAAAGUCUACAACUGAAGAGGAGUUCCUCUUCCAGGAUCCAUCUGUACUGAAAGAGAAGCCUACUACUCUGCAGGAUGUGUCCCACUCAAAGAAGCCAUUGACCUUACAGGAGAAGAUCACUACCGAAGAAGAAUCUCAUAUUAAGGAGCCACUGACCUUGGAGGAGAAGCCUACCACUGAGGAGGAAUUCCCCUUUCAGGAACCAUUUUCACCGCAUGUUAAACCUACCAACAAUGGUGAAGCCCUCCUCUGUAAGGCUUUGACCUUGGAGAAGAAGACUGAUACCAAAGAGGGCUCCUUGAAGAAGCUGUUGACUUUGCCGGAGGAAAGCGCCAUGGAAGAGGAAUCCCUUUUCAAGAAACCAUUGUUUCUGAAGGAAGAGCUCUCCACUGAAGUCUCAACGAGCACAGAGAGGCAAUUAUCUUUAAAGAAGAAGCCCACUGCCCAGGGAGAGGUCCUCCUCUUGAAGGAGCAGUUGGCCUUGCAAGAGGACAUCACCAGUGAAGAGGAGUCCCUUAUUAAGCAGCCACAGGCCUUGCAGGAGAAGCCCAGCAUUGAAAAGGAGACCAUCCUGAGGGAGUCCUUGGACUUGCAGGAAAAUCCCAGGAGUAAGGAGACCCUCAUCAAGGAGCCAUUGGCCUUGCAAGAGAAUCUCACUCACAAGGAAGACACGUCUCUCAAAGAUUUCUCGAUCCUCCAAGUUGAAACCAGCCCACAUGUAUCUACCACUGCCCCUGAAGCUAGAACAGGCAUGUCCAGCACUGUCACCAUGUCCAAUGUGGGCAAGUUUAGUACCAUGAGCAAGUCCAGUGCUUGUGAAUUCAGUUCCAGUAAGCCUUUCUCACCUCAGGACAAGAAAUCACAGAAGGAGAUGACCCCCCUGGAGGAUACUGACAAGGACCACAAUGAUCCACAUUUCAACUCAGUGUAUGCCAAGGAUAUCUUCAGUUACAUGAAGGAGAGAGAGGAAAAGUUCAUACUUAAAAAAUACAUGAACAGGCAGACUGACAUCGACAGUGACAUGAGGGCCAUUCUUGUGGACUGGUUGGUGGAGGUGCAGAUUACAUUUGAGAUGAGCCACGAGACCCUGUACUUGGCAGUGAAGUUUGUGGAUCACUACCUUAUGGAGGUAAUAUGCAAGAAGGACGAGCUACAACUCCUUGGUGUCACUGCUUUUCUGAUUGCAGCAAAAUUUGAGGAGUCCUCCCCACAGUAUGUGGAUGACUUCCUGUACAUCUGCGAAGAUAUUUAUAAGCGUGAUGAGAUGCUCGCCAUGGAAAUCAGCAUCCUGCAAACCCUCAAAUUUGAUGUCAACAUUCCCAUCGCCUAUCAUUUUCUGCGCAGAUAUGCCCGGUGUGUCCAUGCCAGCAUGAAGACACUGACCUUGUCCCGCUUCAUCUGUGAGAUGACCCUGCAGGAAUACGACUAUAUUGAGGAGAGGGCUUCCAAGCUAGCUGCUGGCUCCUUCCUGCUGGCCCUCUACAUGGAGAAACUCGGACACUGGGCUCCUACCCUGGAGUAUUACAGUGGCUACAAGACCUCUGAUCUUCACCCAUUGGUCAGGCAGCUGAACACCCUGCUGACUUCGCGUUCUUGCAAUACGCUCAAGACUGUCCAUUCCAAGUAUUCCCACCAGGUCUUCUUUGAAGUCACCAAAAUACCCCCCUUGGACCCAUCGAAACUGGAGGAGAUUUUGAACUGCUGCUGAUUCUGAAUCUGAGGGUCUGGUGCUCUGGCAGCAGCCACCCAGGCCAGGCAGAGAUGUACACAGGCCAUAUUUAUUCUGUCCUUGAAUUUGUCUUUUCACUGUUUUUCUUUAUUUUUACUGUCUUUGUUUGUCUUUUGCUAAACUGAUAAUGUAGUAAAUAUUUAAGUUUUUUUCUUUAUGAAAGAGAAUAAACUCUUGUAGUAUUUGAUUAUAAAUUUAAUAAAAAAAUUAAUGG